ACACAACUAUCUUCGGCAUAAAUUACGUGCGUGUAAGCAUACACUACAUUCGUGAAAAAUGGCAGCUGACGAAUAAAAAAGUGGAUCUUCAGUCGAAAAAGGACGUCACUUGGUAACACUGGCAGACACCAACUGGGUGAACGUCCUGCACCCUGUUCAGAAAAGCAUCAUCACUGCUAAUCUGUCACCAUGGGGAAAACUCCUGUAAAAGAUCAGAAAGAUGGCAGAAAGGAGAAAGCAGGAAAAGUGGUUCCACCACCAGGUUCCACCCCUGCUCCACUCAAAGAUGCUUUCAGCUGGGAAGAAUAUCUGAAGGAAACGUCUUCCACUCCAGCUCCACCUGGUUGUUUUCGACAGGCCAGAGUCCCCCCCUCCAACGACUUCAAGGUAGGAAUGAAGCUUGAAGCGCACGACCCACGUAACUCCACCUCGGUUUGCAUCGCCACGGUGAUGGGUUUAACUGGAGUCCGCCUGCGUCUCCGUCUGGAUGGAAGUGACAACAGCAACGACUUCUGGCGGCUGGUUGACUCCUCUGAUAUCCAGCCCAUCGGCACGUGUGAAAAAACUGGAGACAUGCUGCAGCCACCACUGGGUUUCCGAAUGAAUGCCUCCUCUUGGCCCAUGUUUCUCCUGAGAACCUUAAACGGAGCAGAGAUGGCACCAGUGACAGCCUUCAAAAAGGAGCCUCUAAGGCCCCCCCAGAACAGUUUCAAGCCAGGCAUGAAGCUUGAGGCGGUGGAUAAGAAGAACCCAUACCUCAUCUGUCCCGCCACCAUCGGGGAAGUGAGGGGGGAGGAGGUGUUUAUCAUGUUCGACGGCUGGCGGGGAGCCUUUGAUUACUGGUGCAAGUAUGACUCCCGGGACAUCUUCCCAGUGGGCUGGUGUACUCUCACUAAACACAGCCUCCAGCCUCCGGGCAACAGCGUAACUCUCCCAAAGAGCCUACAGAUUCUCCCGUCGUCACCCUCCAAACCCAGCAGGCGCUCCAUGCAGUCACCCUACAGACUGCUCACCCCUCUGCCCCCUCUGCCCGUCAGGAAGGGGGUGAGAGGUCGCCGGCCCAAGAGUGAGACCCUCGCUCUACUCAAAGCGGUGGCAGAGGCAGCAGCUGCUCACAACGGAUCGGUCCCGGAGGACACUCAGCUUGUGCCCCGGGUCCACAAGAAGAGAGGACCCAAACCCGGAAGCAAGAGAAAGUCAAAAAUUCUGCAAAGCCCAACACACCUGCCCAGCAUCCAGGUCCCACAGGAAAGCCCCCCCAGCCACAACUCCGUGGUUUCUACAGUGUGCGUGUACGUGAACAAGCACGGGAACUGUGGUCCUCACUUGGACAGGAAGCAAAUGCAGCGUCUGUCUGACCACUUUGGCCCUGGACCGGUGAACACUGUGCUGCAGCAAGUGGUUCAGUCCUGUAUAGACUGUGCCUACCAGCCUAAGGUGCUGCUCAGCGCUCUGCAGAGCGACUCAGGAGGAGGAGAAGCCGUCAAAGUGAGAACAGACGGUGGCGUCCGUGUGCUCAGACUACCCGCAGCCUCCAGUCCUUCCUUUGUGCUGCGUUUCCUAGAAACCAUGUGUCGUCACCUGCAGUGUGACAACCUGUUCAGCAGCCAGCCGUUCAGCCACUACGCUGCUUACGACAGAAACAAGUCGGUGAAAGAAGAAGCGCUGGAUUCUCCCACUCUGGCUCGGGGCAGUAAACGCUGCCUUUCAGGAGUCUCCCCCCCGUAUGCAGCGCCCCUCUCUCCCAAACACGUACGAGCUGAGGCUCACCCUUCAGAAGCAGAGACUCUUCCACAUGAAGAGAACGGCCUGAUGAAGGAGCAGCGCUACAUGGAUUCUGCUUCCAACUCCAUGACCCCUCGACCCCAGACGAUGCGGAGUACCUCGGAGUAUCACUCCCAGGCCAGAAGCCUCUAUCACCGUGGCGGUAGCACACCGAUGCGCCGCCAUUCUUCCAACCCAGCAGAGCUCAGCUCCCCUCAGCCUCUGAGACGAGUGGAAGCAGCCAGCUCCACCACAGGUCCCGACUCUGUGGUUUCAGAGCGAGAGAGUCUUCCCGGUAAAAACCCCGCCUCCUGGUCCAUCGAAGAGGUGAUGCAGUUUGUCCGGGACGCAGACCCCACCGCGUUGGCGCCUCACGCUGAACUCUUCAGAAAACAUGAAAUCGAUGGAAAAGCGUUGAUGCUUCUACGGAGCGACAUGAUAAUGAAGUACAUGGGUCUGAAACUGGGACCUGCGCUCAAGUUAUGUCAUCACAUAGAGCGGCUGAAGCAAGGCAAGCUGUGACGAGCGUCAGGACCAGACCUGCCAGCAGGACGUCUGGAUCCUGACUCAGGUCAUGCAGGGGUCACGCGUUACACCGGACUUCUCCUGGAGGGACGCAUUAGAUGUUACACCUUCAUCCCGACUUCCAGAGUGGACAAAGUGUGCCAUGCAUUGCUGACAUGACCUCAUCCCCUCAUUCGUGCACACAUGGCUGUUUGAGUGGAACGAACGCGACGGACUCAAAGAAACCCCGAAGCAGAGAAACCCCUGCAGUGUUUACAUCGCAUAACGCGUGCACAGACAUUUUUUUAAUGGAAAUGAAAUGUUUAGAUCCUGGUUUGGAUCCCCAAAGAUGGAGAAUGUUUCUUCUUUAUAAAAUGUUUUUAUUAUUGUUAAAUUUAUACUCACUAAGAAAAGGGUAAGCAUACUGAGAAGUUUUAAAACACAUCAAACGUUCUUCCUGGUUCUUUAAGAGAACUUGAUGCUCGUGUCUGUCCAGCUGGUUUUGCUCCGUGUUUGCCUAAAAGUCUCCGUCUGCCUGAAGGACGCCGACGUCUCCACACAGCUCGAGACGUUUUCUCUGCUCGUCCUGGUCCUGGUCGUGAGUUAUACGGUCUUGCUGGACGGAGGCGUUCCCGUCGCUGUCCUGCACAGUCACUACUUGCUGUGAGUCUUUAUAAGUUAUUGUGUCUUCGCUGGUCUGAAGCAGCCUCCUGCUGGGUUCUCGUGCCCGUCUAGCGUGUUCUGCAAACUCAACCCUUCGGCUUCGAUCCGUUUCAGAGAGAGAAUGUUUAGGUAUGACAUUUCCAAGGGCUCCUCGUGGUUUUUUGUUUAUUUUUAUGAAUCAUGUGCUGGUCUGCCCAAGACCUCAGUGUUGUUACCGUCGACCAUUACAAUCACUUUUAGUACUGUGUACAGUUUUAUGGGUUUAACCAUGAAUAUCAGCAGCAGAAUGUACAUUUUGUGGAAACGUAAUAUUUUAAGGAAUUUGUAUACGUAAGACAGAAAUGUGAAGCUAGAAGGUGAUGGGUCGAGUAUUUAACGCUGGUUUUCAGAGACCUAAAACAGUGCUUUUAGUUCACUUCUAAACCCUGCCUUGCUCGAAGGCAUUUCUCAGGUUUCUGUGCUUUUAGUAGUUUUUGUAACGUAUGUUUGUAGUUACCCAUCCUCACCUUCUACACUUUAAACUUGUGCCAUGUACUCCACACAGGAUCAAAGUGCUGACUGUUUCUUUUCUGCAUCUUUAAAGUACUUUUGCAAACUGUUGCUCGUCCGUCAUGUCACACCAGAUAAAGGUUGUGUUUAUACA